AUGUUAUAUAAUAACGAAAAGUCGCCAAACGCGAAGUUUUCACAGUUAAUAACAUCAGUGGCGAAGUUGGCCCUUCGCCACACACCCUGGCCACAGGCUAAAGUUAAAAAGUUCGAUCAACUCUCGGUAAUUCGCUGGAUGGUUAUGAGCACUAUGACUAUGAACACGGGAAUAACCACAGGAGAUCUAGCCACCAUUUUCAAGGACCGUUCUCGGUAUGAGAACCCCGUUGGGGGGCAGUACCAGUGCUCGCAAACCAAAAAGGCGGAGCAAGUAGCGACAAGCAAGAAAAACCUGAUUCUCAUUAACGAUGGGGUCUAUCAUAUGAAGGCGCUGCUCCGCGGUGAUGCAUCGCAGAAGGCGCUCACCCACAACUUGAAGAGAGGAGACAUCUUCCGCGUGUUGACGGGUGAGCCUGCGGUUAUCAAGGAGAAGAAGAAAUUUGUUUUGAUCAUAGAUGACUUCGAAAUUACACAGCGGGAUGCUUCUGUGAAUCCGCACACUGAGUUUAUUGACGCAUAUUUUGCAGCACACGCCAACGAGGUGAUAAACUUCGAUGGCAUGGGUACUAUUGACAGAGACAUGUCGCCUUCUCCUGCCAUCGCCUCACGCACAACAUCAAUGCAGCAGCAGCAGCAGCAGCAGCAGCAACAACAACAACAACAACAACAGCAGCAGCAGCAGCAGCAGCAACAACAACAACAACAGCAACAGAUGCAUUCUGCGCAGGCUCAACAGCAGAGUAACCAGUUUAUGGGUAGCGGCUCUCAGAAAACAAAGCCAAUAUUUGCCAUUGAACAGCUCUCUCCUUACCAGAAUAUGUGGACGAUUAAGGCGCGGGUGUCCUUCAAAGGGGAUAUCAAAACCUGGCAUAACCAGAGGGGGGAGGGCAAGUUAUUUAACGUUAACUUCCUAGAUACGUCGGGUGAGAUAAGGGCGACAGCAUUUAAUGACAAUGCUCUAAAGUACUUUGAGAUAUUGCAGGAAGGAAAAGUAUACUAUGUGUCUAAAGCAAGGAUACAGCCAGCAAAGCCUCAAUUUUCCAAUUUGAAACAUCCGUAUGAACUGCAGCUGGACAGGGAUACUGUUGUUGAAGAGUGUUUUGAAGCCGCUGACGUGCCAAAGAUGAAUUUCAGUUUCAUCAAGCUAGACCAAAUAUCAAGUAUGGAGGCAAACUCUAAUGUGGAUAUUCUAGGUGUAAUCCAGACAGUGAACCCACCAUUCGAGAUGAUUGCAAAAUCUGGGAAAAAGUUCAACAGGAGGGAUAUUGUAAUUGUUGAUGAAACUGGGUAUUCUGUUAAUGUAGGUCUAUGGAAUGAGCAAGCAGUUGAUUUUAACUUGCCUGAAGGGUCUGUCAUCGCGGUCAAAAGUGUUCGUGUUACAGACUUUGGUGGAAAGUCGCUUUCGAUGGGCUUUUCCAGUACGCUUCAUCCAAAUCCUGACAUACCUGAGGCUUAUGCGAUAAAAGGAUGGUACAGCAGCAAGGGCACUAGUACAACAUUCCAUUCGCUAAAAAUGGAGGGUGGUGACCGGAAUAGUAUGCGGUAUGUAGCCGAUCGCAUAACUAUUGGGAAGGCAAAGGAUGAUAACCUAGGAAGAAGCGAUAAAGGUGACUACUUUAACGUAAGAGGUGCGGUCAACUUCUUGAAGGUUGACAAUUUUGCGUAUCCCGCUUGCUCUACUGAAGGCUGUCAAAAGAAAGUUAUAGAGCAAACGGAUGGUACCUGGAGAUGCGAAAAAUGUCAGGUGGAUCAUCCAGCUCCUAAGUGGCGGUAUAUGCUUACGGCUUCGAUUCUUGACGAGACCUCUCAAAUAUGGAUCACGCUUUUUAACGACCAGGCUGAAAAGCUGCUGAGCAUGGAUGCAAAUACAUUAACCGAGCUCAAGAACACUGAUCCAGAAAAGUUCCAGAAAGUAACCCAGAGCGUACAGAUGAACGAGUAUGAUUUCCGGGUCAGGGCUCGCGAAGAUACAUAUAAUGAAGAGACGAGAAUUAGGUACACAGUCACGAACUUAUAUCCUCUAAGGUGGAAGGUAGAAGCUGACUAUCUCGCAGGUGAACUGACAAAAGCUUUUCUAAGCUGA